UGUCAGCUGCUCUUCGCUAUCUGUGUGGGCCUUAUCGAUAUCAGCUAACGAGUACACAGCCUUACUAUCACAUAUGAGUCAAGCGUGCAGCUGAGUAAGGCCCCGCGGUGACGUCACGGCGGGUGUUGCGAUACGUAUAUGUGGAAAUUCCGGAAGGUUGAGCAGUGUGAUGGUAGGAUUCAGUCAGUCUGGUUGCGUAGUGAGGGUAGUGUGAGCUUGUGCUUACGUGUGUGCGUUAAUGUUCGCCCAUAUACACGACGAAGCUGUUUACGUAUUACGCUACACAGGUCCAGAAAAGACGAAAUGAGUAAGAAUUCACAGUGGAAGUUGACAGAAAAUGGAGUGCUUGCCCUUUAUGAACAGCAUUUCAAGAAGGAAGUUAGGGUUCAGGUAAUCUUCAAGACCUAUAUUGAUUCCACCUGUUACCUGCGAGUGUCAGAUGGCCAGCAUCUCUCCCCUGUUGUUAUUAUAAUGUGCCAAAUGCAUUCGCACACCAUGUUUAGCGUCGGGGCAAUCAUAGCUAUCAAGGAGAGACGGUUGGUGCCUUUUGAUGAUUACGUAGAGGAUGAUGGGCCUCAGUGGUUCAUGAAGGAUUAUGGCGUGCACCACCUUUACAUUGAGAGGUACAUCUUGGUGGCCAGUCACACUGAUGUCGGACAAGUUCUAGGUUCUCUUCAUCAUAAUGGCGACUACCGUGAAAAUAUGAAACUGAUGCUUUCUGUCUUGAGCAAGUGGAUUCCUGAGGAUGAACAACUGCAGUGGCAGGAACAUGACUCAAAUGAAAUCCACCUGAGACAGGAGGAAAGAGACCGUUUAAGAGAACAAGGCAAUAGCUUUUUCAAACAAAAUGACUUCAACAGAGCCAUUGACUUCUAUAAUGUGGCUAAAGUUGAGGAUCCUUAUGACUACCGGGUGUGGUCCAACUGCAGCCAUGCUUACUUCAAGCUGAAGGAAUACUUGCCAGCACAGCUACAUGCCAUUGUAGCAACGAAGCUGAACCCAUUCUUUGAAAAGGCCUAUUACCGAGCAGGACAGGCAGCACUCAGGGAGAGGCGUUGGUGGGAUGGGGAAGAGUAUGCUAAGUGCGGUAUCUUUAUCUGCGGUGAGACAAAGGAAUUGCGGCAGAUCCUGGACGACUCAAUAAAUAUCCCCAAUGACAACCAAGGAGGCCUAUUAAACAGUUUCAUCUCAGACGGAAUCAGAGGCUUUGUCAGGAACCACACUGAGAGCAUCAUCAACAGCACCUUGGAAUCUGUCGAUUUAAAAUCGGCUCACCAAAAAAGUCGUUGUAUUGUCAGGGACAUACAAGAACAAUUCAUGAAGAAGAAACAUGCUGAUUUAAGUGGUGCUUUAGUGAAGGAGCAGAAGAAGGAAACCAAGAAGAUUAACAAAAAAUCUAAAAAGCUUGGAGAGGAUGUGGCAACAACUUCAGCAGCUGCUGCAACAGCAUCAACAACAGCAUCAGUCUCUAAGGAACAGAAGAGUAAGGGAGAGGAGGAGAGGAAGCAUUUCCAGGUAAGGGAAGCAGAUGAGGGAAAGCGGAAGUACUUCAGCACAAUGUUGUAUGUUGAAAAUAUGUGGGAACAGCAUGACCAGCAGUGUUUCCAAAUCUAUGUUCCAGCCAUCAUGUGGUGA